GAUUAUUCGAACGUCAGCAUCAAACCCUACCACCAGAAAUUUAUUCCAUAAGCUAGACCCAAGUCUUGCAGAACAAUUUUCAAGAUGGUCGUCAUAAAUCUGGCCUUCAGCGCUCCCAUCAACCCAAGCGGUGUUUCUCCCAUCCUGUCGGAGGCCCAAGUUUGGAAUGGCCUCCAGCGCAAAGUCCGGAAAGCCCACGAAUUCGUGGCUCCCAUUCUUGAGUGCGAGGUCCUCAGCGAAGAAGAGAUAGAAACAGGCACAAAAGUCGUCCGACAAGUUACAUUUGACAAAGACGCGCGAGGCGAUCAUGACACCAUUGUCAAGGAGGUAGUUUACGAAUUUGCGCCAAGUCGGGUCGAUUUCCACCAACCAGACGGAAGUAACAUCUUCAAUAUCGUUAGCUAUGAUGCAGAUGGUAAUCUGGUGCUGACAUACGCUUUCAAAUGGCGACAUCCAGAAGUCGAGGCGGGCAGCGAACGGGCUAAAGAAUUGCGCGAAAAGUAUUCCAAGAUGGCCAGGAUGGCAGUAGAAGGAUCUAUCAAUACUAUUCGUGAGUUGGUCAAGAAGGGUGAACUUUGAGGAGGCUGUAUCAUCGAGACAGGAGGAAAGAAGACGCUGUCAGCUUUUUUUACUCACGGCACGACGGGUUUCAGAAUAAAUUU